UAAAAGAAAUAUAUUAAGAAUGGAGGGCCUUGUUUUCCCGCAGGAUUUUUAGUUUUUUUUUUAUUGCAAAAAUAACUUGAUACAAAAAUAUUAAAUGCCUUGUUAGAUAAAAUACUUAUUAAAAUAGUUUAUCAAUUAUUUGCAAUAGAGUUAAAUAAAAUGCUGCCGUCAACAGGUCUUUUCAAAACCAUAAUUUGUCCAUUCUAUCACGGCGGCGAAGGCGUCUCAUGUUUACGACCUUACUGUCACUUUAAACAUGUUCGCAAAGACGAUCCAACAACAGAUUCAACAAAGCCACCUGAGUACACAGCUUCUUCUAAGCAACCCAAACUUCUGACGCUUACUGAGCCUGCACAGAAGAAAAAAAAAUUAGAAUAUACUCCAAACGAACCGGGAAUCAAUGUUAAAAAGAAGUCCUCUUCCGCGAGUAAGGUCAUAAUCGAAAGUAACGCCCCAGUUUAUGUUCCUUCCGAAUCGCUGCAGACCACAGCAGCAGAUAUUGCUAAUAUUGAUUUGAAUGAUUGCGAUGAAGAGCUGGAAGAGCUCUCGGGGAUUAUUGAUGACCAAUUAGAUGAGGAUGCGAUUCCAGAUGCAAAAGAAGAUAAAUUAAAUGUUGAAGCGAAGGAAUCGCCAAAGCAAGCUGAUGAAACUAAUUUAGUGGUUAUUAAAACUGAACCCGUUGAAGCUAUUAAUAUUAAAGUCGAACCUGAAGACGAGGUUAAGAUUAAAAUUGAAAAAGAAGAAGAAGAAGAUAAGAGUGACGAACAAAUUGUAGUGAAAGAAGUUCCUAAAGUAAAUAAUGAUCGAUCACAUCGUGAAAAUGGGACUUCUUCCUCAUCAUCUCGCCACAAACACAAAAAAAGUAGCAAGGAGCGGGAAAGUAGUAAAAAACACACCUCAUCAUCCUCAUCCAAAGAGCGCCGUUGCAGCAAAGAUAAGCCAGAAAAGAACAAAAAGGAACAUGAUAAGAAAGAACACGAUGAGAUUCGUUCGGCCAAAGACAAAACCACAGAGAAAGACAAAAAGACCAGCGAAAAAAAAGAGCACACAAAGAAACCAUCGUCAACAUCAAAUGGACACCGACAUUCGUCAUCGUCAUCAUCACACCAUAAGCAUAAAUCCUCUUCUUCCACCACUCCCUCCACUGAAAAGGAUCGAAGUAAAAAAAUAAGUAAUCAUCAUUCAUCUUCAUUAUCGACUUCAACAUCGAAAAAACACCAUUCAUCCACUUCCAAACCAAAAGAUACUCUUACAAAACUAACAGAAGCACCUGCUAUCGAACAAUCUUCAGCAUCUUCUGCAACACCUAUUAAUGAUCACUUUGAUGAUUUGGGAUUGGAAAAUCUUGAACAACUUUUUCCCACUUCCGAAGAAGACAUCCGAAAGGAAUGCGAGAUGAUCUAUGAUCAGGUAGAGCAACAAUUCGCUUCUAUGCACAAGUCUGGAUCGCCAGAACCACCAAUACCAUCGAAACGAAAAGUUUCUCUAGAUGAAGAAGAUGAGGAAAAAUAUCCAGGAUUGCUUCAGCAAAAGAAGAGGGUAGCACGUGAGAACUCUAUGAAUAUGAAGCCGUUGAUCCAGGUUGCACCUAGAAAGCCAAGUCACAUGCAAAAUGCAAUGAAGUCCGUCUACAACCGUCAAGAGCAAGUUAGGAAAAUGCAAGAAGAAAAAGCUGCCGCUAUUAAAGAAGCCGAAGAAAAAGUACGCGAGGCAAAUGAAGCUUUACGCAAAAUUCAAGAAAAAGAAUUGACACCGAUAAUACCAAAAAGUUACCUACAACCAUCAAAACCCACAGGUCGUACAAUAGCACCAGUUGCCAACAUUCUAGCGCUCGAAAGAGCUAGGAAAAAAGUUGAAGAACUAAAAGCUGAACGAAUGCGUGCAUUCACGCCAUCUCAAACGGCACCAAAAGCAACCGGUCGCGUUGCACAUAUUUCUACAAAUGCAACCAAAGUUGUUCCACCAAAACCACCAGUACUUGAAGCUUCAUCGACUAAAAUUUCCUACAAUAUAAGAAUGCAAUACUAUGAGAUUAUGGUAAAACACUGUUCUGCAAUAUAUCCAAAUACAGCUGAUGCCUGGGAUCGCGCCCAGUCAGAAGAACUUGCAGUCUUCAAAAAGUGUAGUACUCCAGUUAUAUACAAAAAUAGCGCUAUGUUAACAAUAAAUAAAUUAAGAAAAGAGUCAAUAGAAGCGGGAAACAAAGCACCGGACAAUAAUAAAGUUGUAUCCCAUGAAGUUAUUUUAGCUGGAAAGUUGGCUAAAAGUACUUCAUGGAGCGUUGCGAAGAAAAUUAGAAAGGAAUCGUCACUAAGUGGAGAACCCUUUGAUAGAUUACCAGGGGAUAAGGCUUACGAUAUGAUCUAUGAGCUUCGACUCACAGAGGAACAGCUUGUAUCAAAUGGUUAUCCCAGACCUGGUUUACUAAAUGGUUCAGCAAUAAUCUCAAAUACAAGAACACAGAUUCGUCGUCAUAAUGAGAAUGAAAGAUACUGUCGGCGCUGCUCCAAAGUAUUUGAUUUGUCAAUGUAUGAUUCACCAGCUGUAGAUGAGUGUAAUUACCACCCAAAAAGUACAGGCUAUAGAAGAGGUUUUGCUGAUAAUCAACACAGAUGCUGCCAACAACCAGCUGGUACACCAGGUUGCUCUUACGCUAACUACCAUGUUUCAGAAGAAAUAAAUGUAGAUAGUCUCAAGGGUUACGUGACCACAAUAGACAAAGGCGAAGACUUUGUGUCCACUAAGAAAGAUAUCUACGCUUUAGAUUGUGAAAUGUGUUAUACAACUCAUGGAAUUGAACUUACUCGUGUGACUGUGGUUGAUAUUAAUGCUCGAACCGUCUAUGAUGCCUUAGUUAAACCCGACAAUAAAAUUGUAGACUACAAUACAAUAUAUUCAGGUAUAACAGAAAAUAUGAUGGCAAACGAAACACGAACCUUGCGGGAUGUUCAAGGUAUUCUUUUAUCGAUGUUUCAUUCAAAAACGGUUCUAAUUGGCCAUAGUCUGGAAAGUGAUCUAAAAGCACUAAAGUUAAUCCAUAGUGUUGUUGUCGAUACUUCAGUUUUGUACCCGCACAAAAUGGGUCCACCUAAGAAAAGAGCACUGAAAACUUUAUGCAUUGAGAAUCUUAAGCGGAUCAUUCAAGAAGAUGAAGCCGGACAUGACAGUGCAGAAGAUGCAGAAGUCUGCAUUCAGUUGGUUAAAUUUUAUCUAAGAAACCGCAUCAGUUGAGCCUUAAACAAUGAACAAAAUGCAAUUUGGUAUUAAAUUAAGUUUAAUAUUAUUAUAAGUAUUGUAGUGGUGAAAUAAUUUAUUUGCUAAAUAUCAUUUAUGUUAAGAUUUUUUUUUCGUUUUUAAAAUACAAAUAGAUUAUUUGUGUUUUUUACCUGCAGGAAAAAUAUAAUCUUAUAAUUCCAUACAUAGGUUAUGUACGAAUAUGAAACUGAAAUUGAUUAUUUGAUUCGAAUAAAAACAUUGAAAUUGGUAACGCUA